GCGCACAAGUGUUUGAUCAAACUUGUCGGCAGCUUUCUGUAGCCAUGAGUCCGUAACGCGAGCAGCUCCAGCUUCAGAAUCUUCUGCACGUUCAGUUAAACUUCAGUCUCAGUCUUUGCUUGCGCUUAAUGUCCAAUUGUGGAGAGUUUCACUCUUAACAGUACUUUUCAACGAGAUUGUCGCUUUAUGGGUGGACAUUAUGAAGUAACAUCAGCGGCUGCCUGUUUAAAGGGCUGACCCAUGUGAGGAGAGUGGAGUUCACACACACAUACAUACGCACACACAAACACACACAUGGACGGCAUGGCGUCUUUCUCCAGCACCUGUGGCUCUAAGGUGGACCGGGCGUCCCAUCGUAGAGGAGAAGACAGACAGGGGACACCCAGUAACACUGACUGCAGUGCUGUGCUUGAGAAGACCAGAGAGUUCUUCCAGAUUUGUGACAUCGAGGGCAAAGGCUUCAUUACACGACGGGACAUGCAGAGGUUAAAUGGAGAGCUUCCUCAGAGUGCUGAGGAACUUGAGAAUGUCUUUGAUACUCUGGACGCAGAUGCCAACGGAUAUCUGACCUUUGAGGAGUUCUCCUCCGGCUUUAGUGAAUUUAUGUUUGGUCCAGGUGUGGUGUCAGUAGAUCCACAUGCAGACGAGCAGCCGGUCUCAGGAAAGACUCCGGAAGUGCUCUAUGAGAGCCAAUGGGAGGAGAGACUCAGCAGGGGAGAGGAUGACGAGGAGAAACACUUCUGCAUGCUAAUGGAGAACCUGGGGGCAAGCAACAUCUUUGAAGAACCAGGAGAGGUGCGGAGUCUUUGGGUGCAGCUUAGAAAAGACGAGCCUCACCUCCUGUCCAAUUUUGAGGAGUUUCUUGCCAGGGUCACUUAUCAGAUCAAAGAGGCCAACCAGGAGAAGAAAGAGAUGGAGACGGCCCUUAAAAGGAAAGCGGCGACACAUGAUGAUGAAAUCCAGAGGCUGUAUGAAGAAAUGGAGCAACAGAUCAAGAAUGAGAAAGACAGGAUACUUUUAGAGGAUUCUGAGCGGUUCUUGUCUCGCAGUCAGGACUUGGAGCAUCAGCUUUCCACUAAAGAGAAAGAGCUGGAAAUUAUUUCUAACAAACAGAAACGGCUGGAGCAUCAGUGUCGAGAGCUGCACAGCGAGCAGCGGGAGACGGCCGUGGAGAAUGUUAAACUAAAGCAGUAUAAUGAGGACUUGAGCCGUGAGCUGGAGCACACCACCCAGGAGCUGAGUCUGGCCCAGGAGCAACUCAUGCUGCUGCAGGAACAGGCCUCACGCCUGCACGAGGAGAGAGAGAUGGAGAUUUAUAGAAUUACAGAAAGCCUGCAGAGAGAGAGGGCAAGUCUUCUCAAGCAGCUUGAUUUGCUAAGAGAAAUAAACAAACACUUACGAGAUGAAAGAGACAUAUGCUAUCAAAAACCAAAUACUUCUGCUGCAAAACUCUCAUGGAAACCGAGGUCUGAAUCAAUUACUAUGAAGCACUCUGAGCGGAAGCAGUCAUUUAUAAGCGAUGAGGAUGAAGAGGUUCUGUCGCAGUCUAAGCGGAAGAACAUGAUCGGCGUAAAUGGGCACAGUAUGGACCUGGAGGACAUGUUAGAUGGACGACCUCCUUCAAAACACCAGCUCCAGAGGAUCAUCUCCAUCGAGGAGGACCAUCUUCCUCAACUCCUUCAACAGGGUUAUCAGGCCCAGCUCAGAGAAUGGAGUGAAGAUGAGGAGUUGGAGGAGGGCAUGGACCUCCAGAUGAGCAAUAUUUACCCCACAACCAGCACUCCGACCUCUGUUUCACCUCCUCCAGGAGUCGCACCCACACCCACCUCACCCAGGGGACAGCCUGUGGGCAAAGAGACAGUCCAGUCGGAGGAAGGGGCCAGUUCAGGUCCAGAUCGUCUGUUUAAGAUUGUUCUGGUGGGGAAUUCUAGUGUGGGAAAAACAUCUCUUCUACGUCGCUUCUGUGACAACUUUUUCCACUCUGGUACAUGUGCUACUGUAGGUAUUGACUACAGUGUGAAGACUCUGACGGUGGACAACAGCCAGGUAGCCUUGCAAAUGUGGGACACAGCAGGACAGGAAAGGUAUCGCAGCAUCACCAAGCAGUUUUUUCGCAAGGCUGAUGGUGUGGUUGUGGUGUAUGACAUCACUAAUGAGCAGACUUUCACAGCAGUGAGACAGUGGCUAGCCAGCGUGCAGGUGAGUGAUUCAUAUCCACUUUCCUUCUGA